AUGCGGGGUUGCGGGCAGGGGCUGUCGUCGACAGGAAAAGAUGCCAGUGGCCGGAGACAAGGGCGGUCGGCAGAAAAGAAAAUAGGAUUUUCUAGGGUUUUAAAAGUUCAAGGUUUUAAGUCCUCCUUCACUCUACCCGCUGAUGACGCCGUCCCCGCCGCCGGGAACACGUCGUCGUGCCCGUGGCUCAGUCUCCAUCUCCGCCGUCGAUCUUCGCUGCCGGAGGCAGAAAAUGCAGUUCAGCCAGCAGGGAAGGAGAAGGGAGAAUACGAGUUGCGGAGCCAAAUCAUCGAGGAAGCUGUUAAGUUCAAGGUUGAAUUCUACCAUAAGAGGAAGAUCAGUUCUGAGAAUAACAAAGCUGCUAACAGGGAAAAGGAGAAGAUGUUUGUUGCCAGUCAAGAGAAGUUUCAUACUGAGGUAGACAAGAAUUAAUGGAAGGCAGUUACAGAUCUCAUUCCCAAUGAGGUGCCAGCUAUAGAAAAGAAGGGAGGGAAGAAAGAUCAAGAAAAGAAGUCUUCCAUAGUUGUUGUGCAAUGUCCAAAGCCUGGUAAGCCAACUGAGCUCUCUAGGAUGAGGCAGAUACUUCUGAAAUUGAAGCAUAAUACGCCUCCUCACCUAAAGCACUCACCACCGGCACCAGCUGCUGUGGCAGCUGCGCUUGGCGCUAUAGCUGCUGCCUGAUGAGUGUAAUCGAUGUUCUCUGUCAACUUUCAAGUCAAUAACAGAGCAAUUUAAUUAAUACUGUGGAGUUUUUCUUAUUUUAGCUAAACUGGAACAUAAUCUAAUGGGCAAAUUCAGGAAACCUGUUCUUAAGUUUGUCUUUUAAUGUACACUAGUGGCUCUGAAAGAUCUCAAAGAACGGAUAGACUUGGUUCUAUCGGUUUGGUUUUUGGUUACUAAACUACUCAUUGCUAAUCGAAAUGA